AUUGUUGACAGGUCUCCCAGGAUGUGCUGUUGAAGUAUAUAAAGCUAAAGAAGAGGAACAAAUUACCAUUUUGACAGGUCUCCCAGGAUGUGCUGUUGAAGUAUGUAAAGCUAAAGAAGUGGAAGAAGUCACCAUUUUGACAGGUCUCCCAGGAUGUGCUGUUGAAGUAUAUGUAAAGCUAAAGAAGAGGAAGAAAUCACCAUUUUGACAGACAGGUUUAAUUGAGAACACUUGGAGGCUGCUAUGAAUGAAGACAAAGCAUUGAGAAGCCAGUGUCAAGAGAGAUCUCCCUGACUGAAAUCAACACAGGAUUAUAAAGUCACAGGAAAUUAAAGUCUGGUGUGAUGUAUACAGCAGUAUUACAUAAAUCUGUCACAGUGAGAGGUGUUAGUCAGUGUAAACACAUUACCCACGUGACAUCAGACCGGGUCUGGAUCAGUGAUAAAGAAGGCAAUCUCAUCUUAACUAACACGAGAGGUGACAUUCUAGAUAGUGUGACGGAUUUAGCUAGAUAUGGUUAUGGAGUACAUACUGUGACUCAAAAUGGUGAUGUGAUUUAUAUAGACAGUGACUUUAACAUCAUAAAACGAUCUAAAGAUAAAGUAAAGACCACAGUGAUACCAUACAACACAUCACCAUGGGAUCCACACUGUGUCUACAGCUCCCCCUCCACUGGAGACCUGCUGGUCGGGAUACGUAAUGAUGAUACAAAGACAGGCCAGGUAAACCGUUACACUAACACAGGACAACACAUACAGACCAUACAGCACGACAACACAGGUCAGGGACUGUAUAAAUAUCCUAACUACAUCACAGAGAACCGCAAUGGAGAUGUUAUUGUGUCUGACUCUGGCCGUUAUGCUGUAGUGGUGACAGACAGUAGAGGGAGACAUCGCUUCUCCUACACAGGUACUCCAUCAGGAUCAGGACUAUCACCACAAGGAAUCUGUACUGACGCGCUGUCACACAUCCUGGUGUCUGAUUCUAGAACCCAGACAGUACAUAUCAUUGAUAAAGACGGUAACUACCUGACAGAGUUAGAUACAGUACAACACGGGAUAGACAGACCAUGGAGCCUGAGUUAUGAUGACAUCACCCGCUCUGUCUGGGUAGGAUCAUGGGACAACAACACAGUGAACAUCUACAGACUUAUCUAUGGAGGGGAUAAUCUGACUGAUCCAGACAGUGAUGAUAUAAAUAAAGUGGAUGAAUUGAAGAAGUUUCUGAGGAAUGAGAAAACAACUGUUUCCCAUGCCAGAGGAAUACUUGUUGGAUGUGCUGAGGCUGGAAAAACAACUCUACUGAAGAGGUUAAGAGGAAAACGUCAAUCUGUAAAUGAAAUAACAGACUCCACCAGGGGACUGGAGGUCCAUCAACAUCUGUUUAUUGUUAGAGAUAAAGUUUUAGAAGGUAAAAAUAAUUUCUGAUACAUAUUCAUAGUACAAAUGACAAACAAGUCAC